UGAAAUACGUUCCAAUGUGACAAAGAGCUGAUUUUAGAACAUAUUCACGGUUGAAAGACUUUCUAGAGAUUCAGUGAAUUUCAAGAAACCAGUAUGACGUCAGAAAAUGAAUGCGAUCUCUUAUUCAAUAAUGCCACUGGUAAUAUUGCCAACAUUCUUGAACUGAACAGGUUAAAAGUUCGGGAUUAUAUCCCUGUCUUGCUUUAUAUUUCAAUUGGAAUUGUAAUAGGCACGACCGGCAAUGCUGCUGUUAUGUAUGUCUACAGUCGCAAGAUGGAACGAACCGGGACAAACAGAUUUGUGGUCAUGCUAGGAGCGUGUGACUUCUUAAGUUGUGUAUUUUCAAUGCCUAUGGAGCUACUCAGAGUUUCUCAACCGCAUAUUUUUAGUGGGCAAGGAGCCUGUAAACUCUCUUUGUUGAUUGCUUCAGCGAUCGCGAUAGAUUCUGGACUUAUAAUAUUCGCUAUUUCUAUAGACCGUUACAGACGAAUGUGCCGGCCGUUUGACAAACAGCUCACCCAGAGAAUGGCUGAAAUUGUGUCCGUGGUACUUGUAGUUAUUUCAUUUAUGCUAGGAUGGCCUUCAUGGUUAAUUUAUGGUACCAGAAGAACACCGACGCAAAACAGCAAAGUCAGCGGUGGGUGUGAAUGUGGUAUUGCUCAAUCCAUGUUUGAUACGAUAUAUCCACGAUUAUUUUACUACGCUCUCCUUAUUCUUUCGGUGGCUUUAUUUUCUAUAAUUUUCUUGCUAUAUUUUCUCAUUGCUAUCAAGGUAUGGAGACACAAAAAUAAACGAUUGGCAGCCACUAAAAAUGUCUCAAAUGCUAUAGUAUCUACUACUUCACCUGUUAAACCUUCAAGUAAUUCAUUGCCUGGCAAGAAAAUAUUACCUUAUCUUCCGACACAGGAGAGCGAAAUUUCAGUCGAUUCGCGCAAUGCGUUACCAAGUCAAAGAAUACCAAAGCAUGUACGGAUAAUUCCACAUGGAAAUAGAUCUCCUUCAAAAGGAACACUUCUUCGUGUAACAAGAACUUCUUCCAUUAUGGCUUUAAUAGCUGUAACUUGGGUUCUUAGCUAUAUGCCUCAUAUUAUUUUGGUCAUGCUGGAAAUUCACGUAAAAGGAUUUCGCGAAACAUUGACUCCAUUACAGGACAUAUUUUUCCAGUUAGCCAUACGUUCUUAUCUCCUCAACAACGCAGUUAACCCUAUUAUAUAUGGUGUAUUCAAUAUGCGAUUCCGGAGAGAAGUAAGACGAAUAAUUAGCUAUAUCCUACCACCUUGUGUUCGUCCAACCAUUACUCCCACACAACCUUCUAGCCAGAUGUGCAGUCAGCCGUCCAUGGAUGAUUAGAACUCUUUUCCAUCAUGCGGUUUUCAUUUACCAUGCAAACAAAAAAAA